AUGCAGAUCAAGGACCGCACCUUCAUCGUGAGCGGAGGCUCUUCUGGCCUGGGUCUCGCAACCACCGUCAUCUUCCUCCAACACGGCGCCAACGUCUCCAUUCUCGAUCUUAACCCUCCGCCCUCAGAAGCCUCCCUUGACCCAUCCCGAAUCCUCUUCACAAAGACAAACGUUGGAUCUACCGAGUCGCUACAAUCAGCCUUGCAAAAUACUCUAAGAUGGAUUCAGGAGACCACAAAACCGCUGUCCGGUGUCAUCUGUUCCGCAGGUAUCGGCACGGCAGCAUUGGCUCUUCCAAAACAGGACCCCUCGGCGACCCAUGAAAGUGUCAAAUACAUGGACAUGUCUGGCUUUGAUCGCACCUUGGCUAUCAACCUUCGGGGCACGGUUGAUCUGAUCCGCCUGGCCCUACCGCACAUGGCUCUUAACAAACCAUGGGGUCCUGACGGUGAGCGAGGGAUAGUGGUCGUCGUCUCGUCUGUCGCGGCAUAUGAAGGCCAAAUCGGUCAGCUAGCUUACAGUGCAAGUAAAGGUGCAGUCCGCAGCAUCGUCCUCCCCCUGGCGCGCGAGCUGGGCCAAAAGGCGGGAAUUCGAGUCAUGGGGAUUGCACCUGGUGUAUUCCAGACUGGCAUGACCAUGCAGCCGAAGAAGCCUCAGCCGAAACAAGGACAGAAAUCAGAACCAGCAAAGAAAGAGGGGGCCGAGAAAUCAAAAGGCAGCACAGGAUCGCGUGCAGGAAUGAAUACCGAGAUGAUCCAAUACCCAAUGCGCAUGGGUCAAGGCCAUGAAUUCGCCCGUCUUGUCAAAGAGAUUGUGGAGAAUCCCAUGCUGAAUGGGUUUGUCAUUCGACUCGACGGCGCUGUGAGGAUGCCUAGCCGGCUGUAA